UACAGAAUACAUGAGCUCAUUGCAUGUGAUUAAACUAUCAUUUUUAAAGACAAAAGUAAGAUACGAGGAGAGAAGAUAUAUUUAGAUUAUGUUCUUCACUUUUUUCUGUUAUUUUUAUUUUCUCAAUGAAACAACAAAGAAGAAGAUAUGGCGUGAUGAGUUCAAAAUGCUCGGAAAGCAACCACCCAUCACAAGAAAUUCUCCAAUAAAAACAGAAAAUCUGUUUAAAUUUUUUAAGUAUCAAUAACGAAAGGGAAAUUACCCAAAUUUCCGACAGCUGUUAUUCCAUGUCUUCUUGUGGGAACUUGGUGGCGUUUCUGGUGUUCUUUGUUGCGUUCUUUUUCUUUCCUUGAAAAAUUCCAUUCUCCUCUAACAGGGUUAUGUUUUUACCUAUCUUCUAUUAGCUUGUCUGUGUUUGAAAAUCUUUGUUGGUCUAGGAGCUAAACAAGUCGGUAAAGGGCUCAAGAAACGAGGUUAAUAAUGUUCUUCUCCUUUCUGGAUUCCUUUUAUUCACUUUUAUAGUUCUAUUUCUGCAUAAAUGUAAUUAGUUUUCCUUCCACCUUCCAUCACUUCAACAGACUGAGUGCGAGACAACACUUACAUUAAGCUUUCAUUUCAUUUACUGAAACCACAAGUGUGCAGUUCAUCAAAAUGGUUUAUAGCCACGGUUUCGUACUUUGCCAAAGACAUCGCUACCUUUUCCUUAUUUUUCUCUUGAUUUUAAGCACAACCCAAGUUAGAUGCAAAGCUGAAGGUAUACCAAAUCCCAAAUCUGAUACCUUUUCCGAGAAAGUAAAUGAAGAAAAGAAAAUAUUGAGAGCUCAGAUAGGGUCAAGGCCGCCAAGGUGUGAGAGAAGAUGCAGUUCAUGCGCCCAUUGUGAAGCCAUUCAAGUGCCUACAAAUCCGCAAGUCAGAAAUGGGAACAAGAAUUUCUCAACGUUACUCUUUGGUUUUGCUUAUGCAAGAAGAGUCGAUAACUCCAACUACAAGCCCAUGAGUUGGAAAUGCAAAUGUGGGAACGUCAUAUUCAAUCCCUGAAAAUAAGUUUGACACAACAAAUUCUAGGUUCUUUAAUACCCAUUUUUCAACCUUGUAAAUCAAUGUAAGAGAAAUAUAUAGUAUUGUUCUCUUCCAUGUAAGAAUCAUAUGUUUGACGAUGCUACACCUUCUUACAA